AUGUCAGAAGAACUUUUCCAAGAACUACAACUUCCAGAUGGUAAUACAGUUAGACAACCAAUUGGAUUAUACAUUGAUGGUCAGUGGAUAAAAUCCAAAGAAGUACUUGAAACAGUUAAUCCUGCUACCGAAGAAAUUAUUACAAAAGUCUAUUUAGCCGGGACCGAGGAAGUGGAUCUCGCAGUAAAAUCAGCAAGAAAUGCUUUUAAAGAAUGGAAGAUGGUGCACGGUUCCGAACGGGGUUCACUGUUGAUGAAAUUAGCAGAUGCCACCGAAAAACACAUUGAUACACUAUCUGCCAUUGAAGCAAUAGAUUCAGGCAAGCCAAAGGAUUCGAAUGCUCGUGGCGACGUGGAAGGAACGAUUGCUUUACUUCGAUAUUGUGCUGGAUGGGCUGAUAAAAUCUAUGGAUCUGUCAUCCCAACAGGCCCCGAAAAACUUGCAUACGCUAAACGAGUCCCAGUUGGUGUUUGUGGUCAAAUUGUUCCAUGGAAUUAUCCCUUAAAUAUGGCAGGCUGGAAGAUUGCUCCGGCUUUAGCUGCUGGUAACUGUAUCAUCAUUAAGUCCGCCGAAACUACCCCUUUAUCUUUAUUGUACUUUGCUCAAUUAGUUGAUGAAGUUGGAUUUCCUAAGGGUGUAGUGAAUAUUAUUAGUGGAUUGGGUACGGUCGCUGGAUCUCACAUUGCUUCUCACUCAGGAAUCGACAAAAUUGCAUUUACUGGAUCUACAAAGGUUGGCAGUACAAUUCAAAAACUGGCUUCUUCUAAUUUAAAGACUAUAACACUUGAAUGUGGUGGAAAGUCUCCUUUUAUUGUUUUCGAGGAUGCUGAUAUUGAUCAGGCUGUAAAAUGGGCUGCGGUAGGCGUCAUGUUCAACAGCGGCCAAAUUUGCACAGCAAACUCUAGAAUAUAUGUGCAAGAACAAGUAUACGAAAAGUUUUUAGAGAAAUUCAAAGAGCACGUUUUGGCAGAUUAUAAGCUCGGAUCUCCAUUUGAGAAAUCGACGGUUGUCGGACCUGUUGUAAGUAAAGCUCAAUAUAAUAGAGUCCUUGAUUAUAUCGAUGUUGGUAAAAAGGAAGGAGCUAGAAUGGUGAUGGGAAAUGAACAGGUCACCUCGAAAAAAGGAUACUAUAUUCAUCCAACCAUUUUCGCCGACUGUCAUCAAGACAUGACUAUUGUGAAAGAAGAAAUUUUUGGACCCGUUGUUGCUGUAUCCAAAUUCACGACUGAAGAUGAAGUUUUAGAAAAAGCAAACGAUAGCAUAUACGGAUUGGCAGCCAUGUGCUUUACCAAAGAUCUCGAGAGAGCUCAUCACGUUAGUGAGGAAUUAGAUACUGGUAUGGUAUUUAUCAAUUCCACAGAAAAUAGUGAUAUCCAGGCUCCUUUUGGAGGUGUUAAAAUGAGCGGAAUUGGCAGUGAGUUAGGAGCUCCAGGCAUUGAAACGUAUACACAUCUAAAAACUGUUCAUGUAAACCUGGGUAACAAGCUUUAG